CGAGGGCCGGAUUCUCCAACCGUAUAACCGACAGCACAAGGGAGGAGAAGAGAGAGAGAGAGAGAGAGAGCCGCGCCGGCGGGGCGCCGACGGCGCCGCCCCAAUGGUGCCGGCGAGCACGGUGCUCACGCUGCUGGGCUUCUGCGCCAGCGUCCUCUUCAUCGUCUUCGUGUGCUCCCGGCUCGUCUGCGCCCUCACCCGCCGCGUGCGCCGCGGCCGCCGCCCCUCGCCGCCUCUCCCCCGCUUCCUCCCCGUCGGGGUCAGAGCCGGUCACUCCUCCCACGUUCCGUUCGACCGCCAGGGACACGCCGCUGGAGGGGGAGGGGUCGACCCCGCCGCCGUAGCCGCCUUCCCCACCCGCGCCUUCUCCGCCGCAGGCUGCCCCCGCGGCGAGGCGGCGGACGCCUCAGCCAUGUGUGUCGUCUGUCUUGCAGAGUACGAAGAUGACGACGUACUCCGCGUUCUUCCUUACUGUGGCCACGAUUUCCACGUGGCCUGCAUCGACAUCUGGCUAAAGCAGCACUCGACAUGUCCUGUCUGUAGAGUUUCCCUGCGGAAUGACCCUGGCAGAAAGCAUGCUGCGCCGCCUCUGCCGAGCGCGGUGAUAGUAAUUCCCCCAUGCUCGCCUGAAGUGUCGAGAUCUGACCCAUGCCGCUGCCUGUUCUCCGGCAGAGGGCAUUCGCCAACGACAUCGUCACAGGUUCUUACAAACGAACCUGGCCAGGCGAAUCAGAUUCAGGUAGUAUGCCAUCCAUCGGAGGAUCAGGGAAACAAUCCGACGCCAUCUGAGGUUGGCUCUCCUGGUGAGAAUAACAACCAGACAGGGAAGUUGAACAUAGAGAGUCCUCGCGUAGUUGGCAUGCUGCCAUGAUGUAAAGCCUAGCUAGAAGCUGCUUGCAGUUCCUUUUCCUGCAGUCUGAGCAGACCUGUAGAAUCAGAAACAUUUUCAUGUGUGCGAGGAUGGCUGUUAUAUGUUACAGUAGUUUUCAGAGAGUUGAUGUAAAUAUGAGAAUUCA